GCGGGGCGGGAAGGCCCCACCAUAAGAAGAGGCCCGCUUCGGCGCCGGUCACCAGACGGCAGCGCCCCAUUUGACAGCACGCACCCGUCAGCACCACCCACAGCAACCAAAGAUGGCCGACGGCGUGUUCCGCACCCGCUCCCUGGGGCUGCCCGCCGAGGGCGUCCGGGACCAGUACGCCGACGGGCGCGCCGCCAAGGUGUGGGAGGUGUUCAUCGGCGACAAGAAGUCCCGCACGCGCCACUACAAGGACUUCCUCGUCGGCUUGCUGCGCCGCCGGGGCUGCCGCCGCAUCCUGGACGUAGCCGCCGGCACGGGCAUCGACUCCGUCAUGCUGCUCGAGGAGGGCUUCGAGGUCGUGUCCGUGGACGCCUCCGACAAGAUGCUCAAGCAGGCGUUCAAGACGCGCUGGGAGCGGCGGCGGGACCCGGCCUUCGACAACUGGGUGAUCGAGGAGGCCAACUGGCUCACCCUGACGGACGACAUCAGCGAGCACAUCGGCGACGGCUUCGACGCCGUCAUCUGCCUCGGCAACUCGUUCGCCCACAUGAUGGACACGACGGGCGACCAGCGAGACCAAAAGAAGGCGCUGUCCAACUUCGAGCAGUGCGUGAAGCCCGGCGGCCUGCUGCUCAUCGACCACCGCAACUUCGACUACAUCCUGGACAACGGGUCGACGCCCGCGCGCUCCAUCUACUACAACUGCAAGCACACGACCGACAUCCGCACGUCCAUCCUGUACGUGGGCAAUCAGCCCGCCAUCGUCACCAUGGACUACCUCAUCGACGUGUCCGGCCUCAACGACAAGGAGUCCAGGCGCAUCGAAGAGCCCGUCAGUGAGUUUCGUUUGUGCUACUACCCCCACCGCCUGAAGGUCUUCACCCAGAUGCUGGACCGCAUCAUCCCAUACGCCAGCGAACACGUAAUAUUUGCAGACUUCAAACACAUGGAGGAAGUGGAGGACCCAGCCUUCUACAUUCAUCUCCUGCAGAAGGCACGGUGAAAACAUAGUUUGUACUUCUCAAUCUCAAUACAUUCAGAUUAUAGUUGAGAGCUUUGUAUGAAAUAUUAGUUUGCCAAAAUGAUAUUUAAUGGCAUAAAGAAUGGUACAAAUAAGCUCAAGUUGUGAUAUUUUCUAUGUUAGUUUAAGUGCACAUCCACAUUAAUAUUUAGAUUAUUUAUGCUUUAAGUCUUGUAAUAUACUGAAUUAUCGAUACAUAGCAUGAAAUAAAAUAAUUCACUUUAUCACUUA